AUGAAUCCUCUAGACCCUGAGGAAUUCAGGAGGCAAGGCCACAUGAUUGUGGACUUCCUUGCAGACUACUACAAAAAUGUUGAGAAACAUCCAGUUCGAAGCCAAGUUGAACCGGGUUACCUUCGAAAACGCCUGCCGGAGCUUGCUCCAGAUGAGCCUGAAACUAUAGAAACAAUUCUAAAAGAUGUGCAAAAGGAUAUCAUACCUGGUUUAACACAUUGGCAAAGUCCAAACUUCUUUGGUUACUUCCCUUCCAGUGGAAGCGUAGCAGGAUUUAUUGGUGAAGUGCUUAGCUCUGGCUUUAAUGUUGUUGGAUUCAACUGGAUUUCAUCACCAGCUGCCACAGAGCUAGAGAGCAUAGUGACGGACUGGUUUGGAAAAAUGCUUAACCUUCCCAUUUCAUUUCUUUUCUCUGGCGGUGGUGGUGGUGUUCUACAAGGGACUACUUGUGAGGCCAUCCUGUGCACACUAACCGCGGCGAGGGAUCAAAUGUUGGACAAAAUUGGGAGAGAAAACAUGGGGAAGCUUGUUGUUUAUGGGUCUGAUCAAACCCACUGUGCACUCCAAAAAGCUGCUAAGAUUGCAGGCAUUAACCCCUUGAAUUUUCGAUCUCUAUUGACCACAAAGUCUACUGGAUUUGGGUUAUCUCCCGAUGCACUGAGAUCAGCAAUUCAAUCAGAUAUCAAAUUUGGGCUAAUUCCAUUGUUUUUCUGUGCCACUAUAGGGACUACUUCGUCCAAUGCAGUUGAUCCAUUGGGGCCAUUAUGUGAUGUAACAAAAGAUUAUAAUAUAUGGGUUCAUAUUGAUGCUGCAUAUGCAGGAAGUGCAUUUAUUUGCCCAGAGUUUCGUCAUUUUCUUGAUGGUAUUGAGGUAUUUGAAGAACUAGGCUUCCGAUUCAAACCAACUGGUGGACUACAAAGACUGGCAAAUAGCAUUGAGCCGACGAUUCCGAGCAAUGAAGCUAUGGCUUGUGCUCAGAAGCUAUGGAGUAUCAAAACUCAGAAACUUCAUAAGAGGGCUCAUAGCCAUGGACAAGAGGUUCGAGGUUGUGGUUCGGAGAAAUUUUGCAAUGCCCUUUGCUACAUAGCAACCACGCCACUUCCGCAAGAAAAACCACCUAACUCAACGUUGAUCCCAAUGGGUACUAUCAAAAUGAACAUUGAUCUAGAUAACUAUCUCAACACAACCAUGAAUCCUCUAGACCCUGAGGAAUUCAGGAGGCAAGGCCACAUGAUUGUGGACUUCCUUGCAGACUACUACAAAAAUGUUGAGAAACAUCCAGUUCGAAGCCAAGUUGAACCGGGUUACCUUCGAAAACGCCUGCCGGAGCUUGCUCCAGAUGAGCCUGAAACUAUAGAAACAAUUCUAAAAGAUGUGCAAAAGGAUAUCAUACCUGGUUUAACACAUUGGCAAAGUCCAAACUUCUUUGGUUACUUCCCUUCCAGUGGAAGCGUAGCAGGAUUUAUUGGUGAAGUGCUUAGCUCUGGCUUUAAUGUUGUUGGAUUCAACUGGAUUUCAUCACCAGCUGCCACAGAGCUAGAGAGCAUAGUGACGGACUGGUUUGGAAAAAUGCUUAACCUUCCCAUUUCAUUUCUUUUCUCUGGCGGUGGUGGUGGUGUUCUACAAGGGACUACUUGUGAGGCCAUCCUGUGCACACUAACCGCGGCGAGGGAUCAAAUGUUGGACAAAAUUGGGAGAGAAAACAUGGGGAAGCUUGUUGUUUAUGGGUCUGAUCAAACCCACUGUGCACUCCAAAAAGCUGCUAAGAUUGCAGGCAUUAACCCCUUGAAUUUUCGAUCUCUAUUGACCACAAAGUCUACUGGAUUUGGGUUAUCUCCCGAUGCACUGAGAUCAGCAAUUCAAUCAGAUAUCAAAUUUGGGCUAAUUCCAUUGUUUUUCUGUGCCACUAUAGGGACUACUUCGUCCAAUGCAGUUGAUCCAUUGGGGCCAUUAUGUGAUGUAGCAAAAGAUUAUAAUAUAUGGGUUCAUAUUGAUGCUGCAUAUGCAGGAAGUGCAUUUAUUUGCCCAGAGUUUCGUCAUUUUCUUGAUGGUAUUGAGGGUGCUAACUCAUUUAGCCUCAAUGCACAUAAAUGGUUCUUCACCACUUUGGAUUGUUGUUGUCUCUGGGUAAAGGAACCAAGUGCCCUAAUCAAAGCUCUCUCAACUGAUCCGGAGUAUUUGAAGAACAAGGCUUCCGAUUCAAACCAAGUGGUGGACUACAAAGACUGGCAAAUAGCAUUGAGCCGACGAUUCCGAGCAAUGAAGCUAUGGCUUGUGCUCAGAAGCUAUGGAGUAUCAAACCUCAGAAACUUCAUAAGAGGUCAUGUAAAAAUGGCUAAACAUUUUGAAGGGCUCAUAGCCAUGGACAAGAGGUUCGAGGUUGUGGUUCGGAGAAAUUUUGCAAUGGUUUGUUUUCGGGUUUCGCCAUUAAUGGUGGGAAAUGCUACUCAGAAGCUUUUAGGUGAAGGAGAUGCAAAUGAAUUCAACAAAAAGCUUUUGGAAUCCAUUAAUGCAACAGGGAGAGUGUACAUGACACAUGCUGUGGUUGGGGGAGUGUACGUGAUAAGGCUUGCUGUUGGAGCAACACUUACAGACUAUUGCCAUGUGAACAAGGCUUGGAAGGAGAUAAAAGAGCAUGCACAUGCCAUGCAAAAUGAGUUUUUGUGA